AUUUAGGUUACGAAUAUUGACACAGUCAACGAAAACAUGUUAUCUCGCUAUGUUUUUAAUAUAUAUAUUAGUUCAAUCAAAUGUAAUGUAAAAACUAUGGAUUUUAAUACAUAAUUUCGGAAGCAUAAAGUAAUGUAAAACUAAUUGAGCCAUGUUGUGAUAUUGGUAUAUGUGUGGGAAUGUACUGUCUUGUUUGAAAGGCAAUGCUUCAGAAUCAGCUAGUCUCACAUAUUUUGGGAGAAGGGAAGAAGAUUACACAGGUACCAAAGUUCUGCGGAGGUUCGAUGACAGCGGUACGUUCACUUUAGGCGAGCUUCAUUCUCUCAUUAGUGAUGUCAGCGACGAGGAAGUAGAAGUUGAAAGUGUUAAUACGGAAACAAAUCCAGAUGAUGCGAGCCAGCCGGAAAGUGAGGGUCCGAAAAUUGGAUAUUUAGAUGAAGAAUUAGAAGGAUCCGAAAGCGAUCCUAAUUACGCCUACCUUCACCCAGUUCCAAGCAGUGAUAAUUACCAAGCGAUGUCCAGGGUGACCGAUAUAAUAAAACUUUCGGACCUGUCAACGAGGUUGGACACGUCCAUCUAUGAGGGUCGUUCCGUGCACCGAGGUUCAACCGAGGGCGAGCUACAACCAGGAUUGCGUUCCAUAUUGAAGCAUAAUCCUGUGGAACCAGAACCACAGGCAGGUUCCUCCAGGGCAGAGGAAAUCAAACCAGAUUCACAAAAGACAGAAAUACCCGAUAGCUUCAAUAAAAAUAAAGAUGAUUUACCUGAGAAUACCGAAGAAAAGUAACUAAGCUUCAAUUAAUUUUGUACAUAAAUUGUGCGUGAUUUUACAUGAUGUUUGUAAAUAUAAUAUAUAUUUUACGAGAC